GUUUCUAUUCUCAGAGCUGUCAGGACCUUAAAUCUCUCUAGCGAACAACUUAAGACCAGUGCUAAAAAUAGAGCUACCACCUCAGGCCUCAGUUCUCACCUUACAUAUAAGGAAAUGACGGAAAUUGCGCAGCACCACCCUCUUCACCUCCGUUCACCACAUGCACUUGGGCGAUGUCAAUUCGACGUCUAUCCAUCAGCUCGUCGGGCUCAUCCUCUCCCGUCCUUUCCUCCCUUGACUCCUCCUCUGCCCUCAUCCUCGUCCAUGACGACGACGACGACGAUAACACGCGUUACGACGACGACGACACAGAUGCCCUCUUCGAAAUCGGCAGGCCCUUCGUCCAGCCGCUGGAACCCUCGGUGGUGCUACUGUAUUUGCUCUCGCCAUUUCUGAAGCUUGGAGCGACGCUCCUGCCGUAUACAGGGCUUCCUCUGAAAUUGGGUCUUCCGGCACUGUUUUUGUUCGCAGUUUUGGCUGCGUUCAUAAGGAGGAUAUGGUAUAUGCUCGCUCGAUAUACUCGGAAAGGCGAUGUUGAGGAUAUUGUUUUGGAUUCGUUUGCGAGGAGACGGGGAAGGGGGAAGGAGCGGCUCCGCAGUGUACUGCGAAGUGUUGUACGGGGAGGCACCGGUGCGCUCCGGGUUUUCCUUGCUGCUUUGUAUAUUCGUGAAUCUGCUGAGGUUCUCCUUCCUUUACUUCCUUCCGACCUACCAUUUUCUCCCGAACCUGUCUUGUGCAUUGGCAUUGCAGUUGUCGUUCUGCCGUUCUGCCUUGCUCAGUCUCUUGCGUCCAAGCGAAUCGUUUACUGUACCGGAUUGUCUAUCCUUACCUACAUCCUUUGGCUCACACUUGUCGCUGUCGCGUAUCACAAAGGGACGUUGAAAACGAACCCUAGCUGGACCAAGAUGGGCUCUCUUUGGCAAGGAAUCACCACCAUUGCUUUCGCGUUUACGUCGUCGACUACGCUCUCUCUCUAUGCCUCUUUGAAAGCUGGCAUACCUUCCGUCACAACAGCUAAAAGACCGAUAUCACAUUCAUUUAUGCCUCUUUCACUUAUCUCUGUAGCCGUAGCCGUUCUUCUAACAUUCCCGCUGAUGAUCUUUGCCUCUCCUCCGAGCCAGCUGCGCAUUGAGGAAGAGUUUGGGUACCCUCUGGACCCGUACAUCAUAUUCUUCAAUUCGUUGACGCUGUUACUCACCGUCCCUUCUAUACUCGUCACUUUACCGUCUCUUCCUAUUCCAGAACGUGUCAGACAGUCGACCAACGUUCCACUAUCUAAACUUGCCAUUUUUGCACUCACGUCACUUCUAUCCCUCGUUCCCGCCACAAUAUUCGCUGUCGUAAGCGAUGUACUCCUGGCGUGUUGCCUCUCUAGCACAUAUAUAUUGCCAGCGUUCUUGCAUAUCGUUAUCCAUUAUUUCAAGCGACCUCUGUCAAUCAUUAUGCCCUCAACACCAAGCCCUUACCACCGCAGCGGAGAGGACUCGCCGUCGUCACACGACGAGCUUCUCCAGCGGAAAGAGCGGGCUCUCCAACGGAGUCAGACACGGAAGCGUAUUAUUUGGGAUAUGGGCGUAUGGGUGCUUCUGCUGCCUGUUGGAGGUGGGGGUUUUCUCUGGGCCUUUGGACAUCUUGCUGGAAAGUGGUAGUACAGAAUUUCUUGGGUAUUUUUUAUAUGGACUGUCACAGUGGCAUCUUCUUGAUUUCUCCGAACGACUUGCUUCCGCAGGUUUGUUUCUGCUGCCGGCAAUUUGUAGUAUCAGCAGGUCUUCCUCUUGCUUUGUUUUAUAAUGCACUCUUACCAAUCGGGUCCGAAUCCGCCGGUACCCGCGCUUCUUUCGGCGCUAUGACGUCUCCACCGCCCUCUAAAUGCCAGUGCGGCCCUCU